GAGGCGCAUUGUUUCCUUACACAGCGGAGGGAGCGCCGUCGCAGCAAAGCAGUUCUCAAUUCAGGGUUCUCCAGCAACCAUGGGCCUGCUCCUGGAGGACGGCAGCACGGAGGUCCUGCUGGGCCUGGCUCUGCUGCUACUGGUCGUCUACCGUCACGUGACGGCGCAGUUCGACUACUGGGCGCGCCGGGGAGUCCCCUACCUGAAGCCGGAGCCCUUCUUCGGCAACAUGCGCGACUUCGUGCUCAUGCGCAAGUCCUACGCCGAAGUGUUCGGCCGUCUCUACAACGACAGCGAUCCGCACCCCGUCGUCGGCUUCUUCUUCCAGGCGAAGCCGGCUCUGCUCGUCAGAGACCCCGAGAUGGUCAAACUGGUCCUCAUCAAGGACUUCGCGCACUUCCCCAGCCGCUAUCAGGUGUCGGAUGCGCGGACGACACCGAUGGCGUUGAACCUGUUCCACGUGGGCAGCCGCACGUGGCGGCCGCUGCGCACCAAGCUGUCGCCCACAUUCACGUCGGGCCGCAUCAAGGCCAUGUUCCCGCUGCUGGCCGAGUGCGCCGCCCAGCUGCAGGCCAGCACCGACGCCGCCCUGGCCGAUACCCACGGCGCCGGCGCCGUCCUCGAGAUGCGCGACGCGCUCGCCAAGUUCUCCACUGACGUCAUCGGCACCUGCGCCUUCGGCCUGCAGUGCAACGCGCUCCAGGACCCUGACUCGACGUUUCGGGAAAUCGGCAGAAAAAUGUUCAAGCCUAGAAAGAGUACGAUGGCCCUUCGUUUCCUUUACGGCGGCGUGCCGUUCCUGCAACGCUUCAAAGCCAAGUUCACGGGCGACGCCGUCUCCGACUUCUUCCUCGAGCUGGUGCGCCAGACAGUCGACGAGCGACUGGAGAAAGACAUCAAGAGGAACGACUUCCUCGACCUGCUCAUCCAGCUCCAGCAGAAGGGACACCUGGAGGGCGACGCCCACGCUCUGGUGCAGACCGACGAAUCGAUUGAGUUUACCCACGAGCUGAUGACGGCGCAGUGCUUCGUGUUCUUCGCGGCGGGCUUCGAGACGUCGUCGACGACGAUGAGUUUCUGCCUGCAUGAGCUAGCGGUGCACCAGGACGUCCAGGAGCGGGUCCGGGCGGAGGUGGACGCGGUCGUGCGCAAGCACGGCGGCGCCAUCACCUACGACGCCAUCCAGGACAUGACCUACCUCGACCAGGUCGUGGCAGAGACGCUGCGCAUGUACCCGCCGCUGCCGUUCCUGGACCGCGUGUGCGAAGUGCCGUACAAGCUGCCGGGGUCCGGCGCGGUAAUCGAACCCGGCACCAGGGUCUUCAUUCCGGUGUGCGGCCUGCACAGCGACCCCCGGUACUUUCCGCAGCCCGACAAGUUCGACCCAGAAAGGUUCAGCGAGCAGAACAAAGCCAGCAUCAACCGCAACGCCUACCUUCCCUUCGGAGAGGGACCGAGGAACUGCAUUGGAAUGCGGUUCGGCCAACUGCAGACCAAGGUGGGGCUGGCAUCGAUGCUGCAGAAGUUCCGUUUCGAGACGUGCGACGAGACGGCAGUGCCGCCCAGGUUGGCACCCCUGUCAUUCGUCAUGGCGCCCGUGGCUGGCGUCUUCCUCAGGGUGACGCGGCGCAGGGAGGCUGCACCGGCCUAGACUCGCCGCAGGAUGAGGACCCCGAGCCGAGUCUGACCUGCCGUGUCGUCUACACGUACACUACUCCUGAUGUCUGUCCUUGUUCGGUGCACAGGCUGUAAAAAGUCUUUCCACCCACAACAAUGACACUGGAUGCCAUGUAUAUGCCUACGAGGAUAUGAUUUGUGGUUCUCUAUACCUCCGCAUGUGGAAAACACACGCUUGUAAAAAUGAAUAAAUCUGCUACUACAUACCGUAUAAUUUUGUGGCAUAUUUUAACAAAAUCUGUAAAUAGUAUUUGUAUUUACAACAUUAGGAAUUCACUUGUAAAAAAUGGGCGAAUCCCUCUACAAAAACCUCCAGAAGGUAGUUCAUUCUUGACACACAUGGCUACAGAUUAGUUAGCCAGAUGAGUCACGCUCUGAUGUGUUCCAGACAAUCCUGCACGGAUAUGUAUGAAGAAAACGCAGCAUCAGCGAGACCUGUUUUGAUCUUAGGAAUCAUGCACGAAUGAGGAACAAGUUAGUUUUCGUCCAGGAGUCAAAAUGGAAAUAUAGUAGACCACUUCGGCUCGUACGACUUGAAAGGAAAAUGUCCGAUGUAACAGAACACCGAUUCUGCCAUUAAACGGCCCGAAUCAAGAUAAAAUUUCAGUUAAUGUUAGAACUCUAAGAAGAGAUAAAGCGAAGAUUAUAUAUCUUGCCACUUGUCUACUUGUCUCCUAAAUCUAUUUUGAAAAGCGUUGGGUAAUGUCUACAAAAGGAACCAAAUCAGUGUGGUGGAAAACUGGGACGGGAGCAGGCAUACUUCUUUUUAGUUGUGAGGAGAGCCUUCUUGGUAUCUCAGGUGUAAUCUGCAUAAUGGAAACAGUAACUUUGAAAGUUAAUUGUUAGUUUUGUAAACUCAUGUUUGUAAGCGUCUGGUUGGCAUCUGAAAAAUUCGUACUAAACUAAUUUUGAUAUUGAAAUACGUAAAUAUCAGUGCAGAGCGACAGAAUUACGUUAAAAUUAAUUUUUUGAACGAAAGUAUGUGAAGCUAACGCUGUACGAUGCGAAAUCCAAGCUAGCCAGUACGUCAACUGCGAGAGAGCAAUCGUUUUCAAUGAAAUUUACAUAUGCUGUUUAACUGCAAAAGAAAUGACUCAGAUUAAAAUGUUGGUCCUGAAUAUUGUCAGCAUUCAUCUUCAGUCUUGCAAACAAUGAGUGUACCAGAAUUACUAACUCAAUUACACAAAAAAUGAACGUAACAUUUAACCCAUCUGACUUGCUGCUAAAACUGCUGGA